AGCAGUUUUCAGGCAUAUUAAGUUCUGCUCAUCUCUAAAAGUUCAUAAAAAAACCUCAGCAUUUUUAAUCCAUUUAUAUAUUUCUUUAUUAAUCAUGCCGCUAUCUCAAGAAGUGCAAAACAGACUAGCAACCCUGGAUCAUCAGAUGAAGAAGAAAGAAUUGACACAGAAGGAUUUAGAAUUUCAGGAAAUGAUGAAGGCACUGGAGAUGGAGAGUGCAGCCCGAGUACACAGUGUUCGGAGUAAAAAGAAAGAACUGAGAGUAUUUCAGAGACAAACCAAUAAAAAAGUUGAAAAGAUGAAGCAGGAGAGAAAAGCUGAAUACUGUACAAGCAAUGCAACUAGAGAGAAGAUAGCGGAAACUUACAGAAAUAUGGAACUUAGCUCUAAAGCUCAAAAUUUCGAAGAUUGGUGUACGGAGUGUGAAUGUUUCCAUCUGGAAAAGCUGGAUGAUCCUACGCCAGAAACUCAACCUAAAUCUACAAACUAGAACCAGUUUUGACUCCAUAUCUUGCAACAGAAACUUAACCUAAAUCUAAAAAAAUUAAAACCAGUUUCAUACUCCAUAUCUUACAGCAGAACCUUGACCUAAAUCUUCAAAUUAAAACUAGUUUUAAUUCCAGAUCCUACAACCUGAAUCAUCAAAUCAAAACAAGUUUUACCUCCAGAUCCUACACAAGAAACUCAAGCUUAAUCUUAAAUUAAAACUAACCCCUCAUUCUAUGUCAGAAAAUCAAACAUGAUCUAUAAACUAAAAUUAGUUUUAACGCCAGAAACUCAAACUUAAUUUCAAAUUAAAACCAGUUAUAAACUCGGAUUUAAAAUCUACUUAACCCACAUUAUUCAACUAAUGCCUAUAGAUUACAUUUUAAAACUCGGAUUUCAACUCUACUUAAUCUGCAUUCCUUAUCUAAUUACAGCCACUACAGCGACCAACUUUUUAAAAUAACUGCUUUCACACUCAUUCCAUUCGUUUAUUAUGAACAAUUUGUUCCUAUAAUGAAGAAAUUGUAACCUAAUAUUUAUGUUGUUACAAAACAUUGUGUCCUUACCUAAAUGUUGUUACCUAAAAUUUGUUUCGUUGCCUAAAUUUUUUGUUGUUUCCGAAUGUGAUAAAAUCAAAAGUAUAUUUUCCCUUUGGUCUCACUUUCUUAGAGGGGUGUCGGGAAAACUUAAAUUUAAAACCGAAAUUUAAUCUAAAAUUAAUUAUCAGUGUUUUCCCUACACCCCCACCUGCUUCCCAAAUUGCUUUUACAGAAAUAAGCCAUAAAAUAAAAUUGUAUGAUAAUAUCUUUUCUUGCAAUGUUAAUUCAAGAAAUCUUAAAUUCA